CGUUCCAAUGGCAUGGAAUAUGCUCGGCUGGAAAGUGUUUCGCAACAACAACAACAAAAUAUGUUUUUAUUUACCAGCCGCCUUCAUAAUCAUCUGACCGAUAGCUGCAGUCUUAAAAAGGAUUGUAAGAAGAAUUAAGAAUUAGUUAUCCCAUAAUCUAUUUUUCGGUAUGAGCAAUAAACCAGAAGAAGAAGAUGAUGACUGGUUCAACAAAGACAUUGAUGAUUUUGUGGUGGAUGUUAGUAAACCGUCAACAGAUAAACAAAACCCGGAAGAUUCCCCAGAAACUGGGUCUUCUUUGCUAGAGACGUUGACAAUCAAACCGAAACAUUUCUUUGAUGAUAUCGACGGAAAUUACUUUGAUCCGUUCCUGACCACUUCCGCUGGGGCGUCCAGCAAAACAAAGUUCAACCUACCGGAAGAAGGCGAUAAAUACAUUCAGAAGAUUCCAUUUUCCAAGCUGCUCAACCUGUCGGAAAAUGACUGUCGCGAGCUAUUCCUGGACAUUUACAGCCAGAAGGACCAAUUCUUCAAAACUAUUACCCAAACGACCGCGGGUGACGAGCUGCUGCUUGUGACGAUGAAAAUUAUGAACAAGAUCGGUUCGCUACCGUUUUUCGACAUAAACGAGGAACUGUUUUCUCUGUUGGCCAAACACGAAGACUUCUGGGAUAAUCAGAUGAAGUUUUUCAAACGUAGUACCAAUCAGCUGGAAACUAAGAAAAAGAAAGGAAAGGGAAAAUUGCAGGGUGUCAGUACGCUUGAUAUGUUAGGAUCUGUUGGAAGGAUAAUAGCGAAUAUCAGAAAAUUUGUUGGAGCUAAAAAACGACUGGUUAAAUUCGUGGAUGAACUAAGUCAGGUGCUUGUAAAGGCGAACGUGAAAGUGGAUGACCUUAGACAACCUGGCAGCGCUAUUAAUCUGAAAAACUUUAGUAUUUACCCAACAUUGGAAGACCUGAAGGGAUCAAGUACUGACCUUAAGCCAAACAUAGUUGAUGGAAAAUUUCCUAAUGUCGAACACUAUUUGGAAGUUCAUUUAAAUCUGCUUAAACAGGACUUUUUGAUUCCAUUGAGGGAAGGUAUCCAGGACUUCGAAACUCACUGUGACGGAUCAGCUUUUGAUGAGCCAUACUGUGGUGACACCAUUCGGGUUCACAAUUGCGUUAAGUUACUUCUACCGGCUAAUGUGAAUCGUCGGUCAACAAAGGAAGCAUUGGUCAUAGUAGAUUUAGACCCUAAGGAACGUUUGAUUAGUAGUAAAUCACAGCGAUACAACAAACUGAGCCUUCAAAACUCAAAGCGUCUGAUGCAUGGGUCGAUGGUCUGCUUUACAAGCAGCUCCCGCUUCGACGAUUUGGUAGUGGCCAUUAUCAGCCACCGAGAUAAUGAACAGCUCUCGAAUGGGUAUAUUUACGUUGAGGUAAUUAAAGCGCAAAACAUCAAAGAUAUCUUCAACCGGGAUAUGCUGAUGAUCGAAAGCGAAAUAUUCUUCGAACCGUACCACCACGUGUUCAAUAUGAUGAAGAACCUAAAGGCAGACAGUUUUCCAUUAAAAUCCUACAUCGUGGAUACCCUGCCGCAGCAUCAAUAUCCGGAUUAUAUUUCUCGAGACAAAAACACCUUGUUCAGCCACAAGGGCCAGCAGUACAACAUCAAAAUGCCAAGCGAGUGGCCGGAAAGUGGUGCUUCCAUUGGACUGAACCCGUCACAGUACAAAGCGUUCAAGUUAGCUUUGACGCACAAAUUUGCCCUCAUUCAGGGUCCUCCUGGUACGGGGAAAACCUUCAUCGGGCAGGAGAUAGUGUCUGCGCUGUUGGCCAACACAGAUCAUCAAAUUCUGCUGAUUUCUCUCACGAACCAUGCGCUGGAUCAAUUCCUUUGCGGAGUGCUAAAAUUCACCAACAGCCUGGUUCGGAUGGGAAGCCAAUCGAAACAUGCCCUGCUCGAUAGUUACAAUGUGAAACAGUUAAACGAGGAUGUGCUAAUUGAUAAGCGAUUGCGGACUUGUUACUACAAUACCAAGCAGGAGUAUCUCAAGUUGAUGGAAGAGUUUGAGGAGGUACAGAAAGAGGGAAAAAAUGAAGACAUUCUCAAGUGUUUGAACUUGAUUCAGCAGACCUCCCGUCGGAUCCACGAACUUAAUCAAUUAUCAAACUACGAGUUCGUGAAGAACAUUCGGGUCAUAGGCAUGACCACAACGUUCGCUGCUAGAAAUCACACCCUUCUUCAGCUGCUAAAAAGCCCCAUAGUGCUGAUCGAGGAAGCUGCCGAGGUUCUGGAAUCUCACAUCGUUGCUUCGCUUACACCGGCUACGGAGCACUGUAUUCUGAUAGGAGAUCAUUUCCAGCUAAAACCACCCACUAGCGUUUAUGCAUUAUCCCGGCACUAUCAGAUGGACAUUUCGCUGUUCGAACGAAUGAUCCGAAAUAACGUUAAUUCGGCGUUGCUCUGUGAACAGCACCGUAUGAGACCGGAAAUUGCAGACCUUAUACGGCCCACCAUUUAUAGCGAUCUUACCGACAGUGAAUGUGUCAAGAAUAGACCGAAAAUAAGGGGCAUGCGAAAAAAUCUGUUCUUUUACACUCACAAUGUUCCCGAGGACGGUGGACGAGAUAAGGAGAAGUCUAAAAAGAACAGCUUCGAGUGUAAGUUCUUGCUGGGGCUGUGCGAGUAUUUAGUAGCACAGGGUUAUGGACCGGAAGACAUGGUUAUUUUAACCUCGUACAACGGACAGAUGUUACAUCUGGUUCAGGAACGUAAGUGCCACGAAAAGCUGCACGGCAUACGAAUCGCAGUGGUAGACAAUUACCAGGGCGAGGAAGCGAAAAUCAUUUUGCUAUCGCUGGUUCGCAGCAACGAUUCUGAUUCUAUAGGGUUUCUGGCUCUCCGUAAUCGCAUCUCUGUUGCGUUAUCACGAGCUCGCGAUGGAUUCUACAUUGUAGGUAACAUGGAUUUACUGUCAAAAUGCAGUAAACUUUGGCAACAAAUCAAAAAAAGACUUGAAGAACACGAAGCUAUUGGAAGUGUACUAGAGCUUAUGUGCGAAGAACAUAUGAGUAUUAUGCAGGUUGAGCAACCGGAGGAUUUUGAAAAGUUCAGCUUCGGCGGUUGCCAGGACAUGUGUCGAGCGACGAAAGAAUGUGGCCAUCAAUGUGACAGUUUCUGUCACGGAAUAUUCUAUCCGCAUCGGGUAUGUCUCUGUAACCAGGACGAGAAAGACGGUUUCUACUAGUGCAUGCUAGGAAGAUGUAAUUCCUAACCAUUUUUUUCGUAUAUCACAAACUGAGAAUUUUAGUAUUUUUACGAGUAUAGCAAACGUAAAAUCCGCACAGAUUUUUUAAUAUUCGCCUAUAUAUUAGUGACCCUAUUUAAUCAAGAACAGAUAUACGAAACUGUUAAAAUAUUUUGUGAACUAUUUUGUUGCCGCCACUGAGCAACGCGUCCAUACUACUCGCAUGGAUUUGGAGCUAUGUAUUUCUUUCUCUUCAAAAGAGAUCUCCGCACGUAAUUCAUAUAAUCUCGAGCUCAUAAAAUAAUUUUAAUUUAUUCUCAA